AUGGAACAGCGGCUGCGCGACGCAAACGAGGAAAUCGAUCGCGCGAGAGAAGACGCAAAGGCUGCUGCGAAGAUGAGGCGCAAGUUAGACGAGGCGCGAACCGAGGCGAGCGAAGCCAACGCGCGAGAAGCCGCGGCGGUGGCAGAUCGUGACGCCGUGUGGAAAGCGCUUCGCGGACAGCUCGCCGACGCUGCGAAGGCGCGCGCGGCGAUAGAAACUGAGAGCUUGGCCAUCGCCACAGACUUGGAACAAGCGAAGACAGCGCUUGACGCCGCGCUGACUUCUCAAUCGUCGUGCGGUGGCGCGGUGGACGAAGAUUUGAGCGCCGCGCUCGAUGACGCCGAGGCGAACAAAAGAACGCUUCAAGAAAAAGUUGAUAACCUUUCGAACACAGUCGAUCGCUUGAAUCGACAGUUGAGUGAGCUGAGCGCAUCCAAGUCCGCCGAGCUCGACGCCGCGGAGGAGCGCGAUCGCCUUCGCGAGGAAACGCGACGUGUCACGGAGACGCUCGCCUCAAAGGAACAACGACUGGGUGAGCUCGAGCGACGACUCUCGACUUCAGAGAUUGAUCUUGAUGUGCUUUCAAAAGAGCUUAUUGAUCGUGAAACGAAGUUGCGCGAUGCUUUAGCGCGGGCAGAGGAGAUGGAAUCCGCCAGCUCGCUCGGCGAAGACGAAUUCGCGCGAAAGCUCGCUGUGCUGCAAAAAGAAUUGGAGACGAGCAAACGCCGUGCCGAGGACGCAGCGGCGGCAUCAGACGAAGCCAAGAAUGCCCGAGAUGCCGCCCUCGACGAAUUGCGCAAGGCACAAAUCGAGGCGCAGAGCGAAGCCGACAAAUUUGAACGCGCGCGCCAAGCGUCUUUACGCGAAACGAGCGCCAAAGUGACGCAAUUGGAGAACGAACACGGCAAGCUGUUAACGCAGUUAAAUCGUGCGGAAGCCGCGCUAUCGGAGUACAUCGUCGUUUCCACCGCGCAUGUGAGCGCUGUAGUGAGUGAGCAAAAGAUGGCGUUCGACGGGGAAACCAAGGCGCUUCAAUCGCAGCUUGAAGGAAAUUCGACGCUCGCGACACAGCUGGAGCAAACGCUCAAGUUGACUCGCGAGGAGCACGAGUUGACGAAAGUAGCGCUCGAAACCAUGGAACAGGAUAUGCUCGAAUCGCAAGAGCAGUGCAUGAAGGAGGUCGUGCGCACGGCCACAGAGUUGUCGGAGAGCAACGCCGCUCUGACGCAAGCGCGCGAGGCGCUCGACGCGCUGGAACUCGAAAUGUCCGAGUACAAGAAUCGCACGACGACUUUAGACGUCGAUAUAUCCAACGCUGUUGAUACUGGUGACGAAAUCGAUGUCGAUGCUCUCGUGACUGCGCGAGAUGAGCUCAAACAAGCUUUGGACGCCGCGCGCGAGGAGCGGCAAAAACUCUUGACUCGCCUCGCUUUCGCUGAAGAGGAACGCGCGUUUCGUCGUAAUGAAUCAAUAAAGUUCCAGGAAGCCGCGACCGAGGCUGGAAGACUUCGGAACGAAGCAGAGUCGAGACGAUUAGCGCUCGAAGAUGAGCUCGAGCGCGUCAAGGCUGAAGUCAAAGAGGCGGAACAAUCGCGCGCUGAAGCCGAAAGCGCGCAAAAGCGCGCAGAAGAGCAACGAGUGUUGGCCUUGCGCGCCGUCGAAGAGGAGCGCAAGAUGGCGGAAAUCGCUGUGGCCGAGGCGCGCGAAGCGGUAAAUUCGAAUCAGCAAGCUUUGAAAGCGCAGAUUGAGGCCGAAGCAGUGGCGGCUCAACGCGCCGAAGAGGAAGAGGCGGCGCGUUUGCGAGCCGAAGCCGAGGCGGCGGAACGCGCGCGCGUCGCCGAAGCCGAAGAGGCCUUAGCGCGAGCAAAGGAGCGAGAGCUCGAAGAAGCGGAGCGUUUACGAAUCGCCGCCGUCGAAUCAGCACGUUUACGAGCCGAGGCCGAAGAAGCAGAGCGUGCUCGCUUGGAAGCAACGCGACUCGAAGCCGAAGCCGAGGAACGUCGUCGCGUCGCGGCGGAGGAGGAGCAGCGACAACGUCUCAUCGCGGCUGCGGAGCAGGAACAGCGCCGCGUCGCCGCCGCUGCGGCGGCGAAGCGCGAGGAAGAAGCGGCAUUGGCCGCGGCGUCGCGCGCAGAGGCGCUGCGAGAGCGCGAGCGUGCGCAAGCUGAAAUGGUCAAGGCAAAGCAAGAGCAAGCUGAAAAGCGCGUGCAGAAGCUUUUAAAAGCCGCCAAAAAAGCGUACAGGCUCGCCGAAGACGCUCACGCGCGCGCAAAGACGCUUCAAGACGCCGUGUCGAGCGUACCGCUCGUGGAGCGCGAAGACGCCCUCGCGCGCGCCAAAAUCGCCGCCGACGAAGCCGCGGCGGCGCAAGAGAAGUGGGACAAGACGUACGCCCUGGCGAAGGAGGCUAUGAGAUCCCUAGAGUAGCAUCACUAGC